GGUAUAAAUGGAGCUUCAAUGGGGUGUACCAUGGUCAGUUUCGAUUGUAACGCAAAAAUAUGUACAAAGUUGUAUUGUUUAUGUGUAUUGGAUAUGCUGCGUCCAUUCCGCUCAAGGAAGACACGAGAAUAGUAGGAGGAGAAGAUGUGGACAUAAAGGAGAUACCGUACCAAGUGUCGCUGUUGAGUAGAGGCAGACACAUGUGUGGUGGUGCUAUCAUCGACACUGAUCUCGUCAUAACCGCGGCUCAUUGUGUUAUUGGGAGCUCCGUGAAGAACCUCCAAAUAAGGGCAGGGUCAUCAUCAAGCCAAACAGGGGGUGAGCUGUACCAAGUCGGUGACUAUGCGUGGAAUCCCGACUUCACAUACAACAAAAUGGACAGUGACAUUGCUAUAUUAUGGCUAACCAAACCUCUGGAGUAUAGUGAUAGUAUUGCACCGAUACCUAUGUUCGACGCUGGGGAAGAGAUACAAGAUGGUGAUAUAACCGUAGUUUCUGGAUGGGGGAACAUAAGAGAAGGUGGUGGAAUGCCCAGGACGUUGCAAAUAGUAUUGGUUCCAAAAGUCAGCGAAGAGACGUGCACUGCUGCUUACGCUCCUAUGUAUACCAUCACACCAACGAUGCUUUGCGCUGGAAUACCUGAAGGAGGAAAAGAUGCUUGCCAGGGCGACAGCGGUGGGCCCCUAGUUAGAGACGGCAAACUUGCUGGUGUGGUAUCUUGGGGCUUAGGAUGCGCCAGACCAAAGUACCCCGGCGUUUAUGCCAAGGUGUCGGCAUUGAGACAAUGGAUUGAUGAUCAAUCGGUCAAAUUGAGACUGACUCACAUCUUCAGAAUGUAAUAAAAGCUUUCAAAUGGACAUUGAUUUGUAUAUGUAAUUAAAGAAUUU